CAAGAAUGUGCAAGUCGACCUUGCAUCUCGAGAUCUGAUGGUCGUGCCCAGUAGGAAGCUGGACACCACCCACUGGCUCCUACUGGGGUCGAAAGUCAGACACGGAUCAGACGGCAGGGCUUCUUUCGAUGUUCUCCCUGGGCGUUGACAGAUCACAGGCCUCGACAUGUGGUCAUCAAACGGGAGGGCGAUUGGAUUGUAGUCGGGAAGACGAUACGAGAUGAGGCGACAUUCUCAAACGCGGGCGUCCCCGAUUCUGGACAGAUUCUCCGCGGGGAUCGUUUCGAUUCCAACGAGAACAAAGUUCGAGGAAGUAUGUAUGUCCCCCAUCGCUCAGAUUUGACCAGAUGUGCUGCGAGCAUGGAGAUUUCGUCCGUCCGUGUCGGAGAGAAGGGGCGGCUCGAUCAUGCACACAAGAGAUGCUGUUAUUGCGGACCACAGAGAGACAAGCGAGCAGCGAUACAUUCGAGAGCCCAUCAGCACGGCUUUGGAGCGCUGUGGUCGGACUCUUGAUUGCUUGUUUCAUCAGCGUCCCUGGAAUCCGGAAAAUCAUCCCAGACGACACCAGAGUUCAUUGAUGCAGAAUGAAUCAGACGGUGGCGCACUUGAUCUUCUUCGAACGGGUCUUGACACUUGUCGAGCACAGAGAGAAAGCCCGGCAUGGUCAAGUCUGGCUCUUCGCGUCAGAGUUCGUCUACUCUCAAAGAUCGCGGGACUCACAGAGCGGCACUCAGGUCCCACCGAGUGGCCCAUGGAGACACCUCGUAUAUCAGCUGUUAUGUCUCUGGCAGACGGAUUUUGUUCUUCAGCGCGAUCGAACAUACAUAGUUGUUCGCGGGUAAUGCCGGCCCAUGAUGGCGUCGGCCACCAUUAGUGUAACGAGGUGUAACGUCAAGAGCGGCCUGUGACCAUGAGCGGCGCGUGACAGAGCGUGACGAGGGCGCUUGCGAAGUUUGACAGUUCGCGCCUCGUUGUUCUCUGCCCGGUCCCACUCUUGCGCCCAACUGUUCUGCACAAAUUCACUGUCGAAACAUCGUCGUGUAUACCUGACCUCCGGCCAUACUGACUUAUGCAGUCAGUAGUAGCUCUGACUUCGUGCACGUUACACGAGUGUGCCAUGCGCUCUCCAAAUCGCAAGGCCGAGCUCUCGCUUCUCCCGUUGGUGACCAACAGCCCACCGAAUUGGUGGCGUCUAUAUGAGCGCUUCGAUCUCCGAACUCAAUCGGUCAGGUAUUCUUGCUCGCCGAGCGCCCCCUGUUAUGAUCUAUCCACCUCUGCACUUUCAUUGUCCGUCGCUUCUUGGGUUACGUUCGCGCGGUCUGAAGUUUUAUUGCAACGGCGCUAACGUUCAUUUGCUUGUAUUUAUGCGUUGGCGCCACCUGAAACAUCCCGGCACCAUGAGGCAGGUGCAAUAACAGGGAGGGAAACAUGGGCGUCUCUCCACCACCUCCCCACAAUGCACCGGCCUCCUGCACCUAACGACACACCCGUUUCCGCCGUUGCGCACACGUAUCGUCCGUUCUACCUGCCCUCAAAGGACUCCUCAAUCCCAGCGGAUAACUAUGUCGCCACCACCAAGGAGUACUUGAAAAACGAAAACACGUACAGCCCUUUUUACGUCAACUUGAGCUCUGCAAGUGGUUCACCCUGUUCGUUCAGCGACCGGACAGCCCAGUCUCAAAUCCCACGGGAGAAAGCGGUGAGUGUAUCCGCUGCUCUUCCGACAGAGCCGCAGGUAGAGGAGCUUGCGAUCGCGAAGCGGAAAUUCAUCAAUCUCGUCAGCGGAUCCAGCCUGGGGGUCGGCCGGGGUCUCAAGUCCUGCACGAGUGCUGUACAAGUCUCGCCCGAAUUCGAGCUCGACGGCCGGAUGGUGACGCUGAUCGACACCCCCGGAUUCGACGACACGUCAAAGAGUGAUGUGGACAUUCUCAAUAUGAUUGCGCUCUUCCUGGCCGAAUCAUUCAAGGACGGCCGCAAGCUCGCCGGGGUCAUCUACAUGCACCGCAUCUCGGACUUCCGGAUGGGUGGCAUCUCGCGCCGCAACUUCAAGAUGUUCCGCGAGCUGUGCGGCGACAGCACCCUCAAGAACGUCGUCAUCGCCACCAACAUGUGGGGUGAAGUCAAUCACGAGGUUGGGGAGGCACGAGAGAUGGAGCUUGCGACGGACGACGCGUUCUUCAGGCCGGUCCUGGACAAGGGCGCAAGGAUGCUCCGACACGACGACGGACUGUCGUCUGCCCAUGCGAUUAUCCGACAUCUCCUGCAGAAUAAGCCCCGCCCGCUUCGGAUCCAGCGUGAAUUGGUUGAAGAGAAGAAGGACCUCGCGCGGACAGCCGCUGGGCAGGAGCUGGAUAGGGAACUGGCUGAGCAAAUGGUAAAGCACAAGAAUGAGAUGCAAGCGCUCGAGGCAACACUGAACGAGGCGAUCAAGGAGAAGGACGAGGAGUAUCGCAGAGAUCUUCAGCUAGAAAUGCACAAGUUCGAGCAAGAACUGGGUCGUAUGCAGAAGGACUCAGAGAAAUUAGCUUCGGAGUCCGCCCAGAAAUCCACCGAACUCGAGCAUCGACUGCAUGAAAUGGACGAACAACGGGCUCAGGAUGAAUUGGCGGCUGCAAGAUACAGGGAGCAGAUCGCCACUCUCGACCAAUCUCUUGAGCAGACUGCCAACAGGAACGUGGAAGUGCAGGCUGACCUGCAGCGGCAGCUGCGAGAAGCGAGGGACCGUCUUGAACAAGUCCCUCGGCACGGAGGUUUCUUUGUUAAUCUUGGCACAGCUCUGGACAAACUCUUUGGUAUACAUUAACAUCACAUCGAACAUUAUGAAUGAAGAUUUCCGUGCAUAGAAUGCAAUAUUGUUUUGAUUCAUUCUUGUGUCAGAGCGGUGCCAGGAUGGCGAGGUCGAUUACAUGGCAGUCGAGAUAGUCCCACAGCCCAAACACCAGUCUCCGUCCCACAAGGCUACGACCUGUCCAGCCGCGACGCCUUUCAGCUCUUCGUCGAAAUCGACUUGAACCGCAUCGUCGUGCAUCGACGUGACCGUGCAUUGAACUGGAGGCAUCUUAUGCCGGACUUGAGCAAACAAGCGCGCACCUCCAGGUGCUGAUAUCCCUUCCGGUGGGUCGUCCGGCCAUAUCCACGUGAAAUCAUGCGAUUGCACGGCCGAGCACAAUAAUGCUGACUCCCUGAGCUUCAUCAGUCGGGAUUAAGAACAAGAAAAGAGCGGAAAGAACCUGGCGGGUCCGACGAAGAUGGUGUUGCUUGGGAUGUCUUUUCGCACGGCAAACAAGCGCUCAGGCAUCCCGUUGAUACGAACGUUCUCCCCGAUGGUGAAAGACCAGAGACCGUUAUGUCUGCCCACUUCCUUGCCCGAAGUGAGCAGCUUCAAGGGACCGGGAGAAGGAGGAAUAUAGGAAGCUAGCGGAACGUCAAAAGGUUCCCAUGCCAUGCAACUUGUACCACGCACACAAGAACUGCUUGAAGUCUGUGCGGUUCUUCUGUCCGAUGAAACACAGACCCAUGCUUUCGUCUCGUUCCAGUACUUCUGAAGGCAUGACUCCGUCAUUGGCUAUCACCUUGACCUCUGACUUGGUCAAGUGUCCGAUGGGGAAAAGGGCGCUCGCAAGUCCGCCCUCGGUUAUGGAUGAUAGAUAGUAGGUUUGAUCCUUGCGUGGGUCGGCAGAUCUGAGCAGUCGGGGCCGCGGAGAUGACCAGUCUCUUCGAGCGUAGUGACCUGGGACAUGUCUGCCAGCCACGGAGGCUUCUUCGGAUCUCGAACAGGAAGGUGUUCGAGCAGAGCACCAA